AUGUGGAAAGUCGCAAUUUUUAUCAGUGUCAUUUGUGUAACUGCAUUAGCUGUCGAAGAAGAUAAAGAUUCACAGAAAGAUGAAGUAGAACGUUUUGUUGAAUUAAUGGAAAAACUAUGGGACGUUUUUGAAAGAGUUUCUAGUCGCAAUGCGACUAUCAGUGAACCUAAAGCAUUUGGAGAAGAAGAAGUGCACAAUUCAAAAGUAUUAUCGUCUUCAUCAGCAUAUUGCAGAAAGAGACCAACAUCAAUAUUAUGUGAAACAACAACACCAGUACCUGUACCACCAACAGUACUUGUACCAGCAACUGUUUCAUCAUCGUGUCCACCAUGUCCAUGUAUAACAUGA